AUGUCCUGUUGUGGAUCCGUCUGCUCUGACCAGGGCUGUGGCCAAGGCUGCUGCCAGACCACCUGCUGCCGCCCCAGCUGCUGUGGCUCUUGCUGCUGCCGCCCCUCCUGUUGCAUCUCUAGCUGCUGCCGCCCCUGCUGUGGCUCCAGCUGCUGUGGCUCCAGCUGCUGCCGCCCCUCCUGUUGCAUCUCCAGCUGCUGCCGCCCCUCCUGUUGCAUCUCUAGCUGCUGCCGCCCCUGCUGUGGCUCCAGCUGCUGUGGCUCCAGCUGCUGCCGCCCCUCCUGUUGCAUCUCCAGCUGCUGUCGUCCUUCUUGCUGUGGUUCCAGCUGCUGCCGCCCCUCUUGCUGUGGUUCCAGCUGCUGUGGCUCCAGCUGCUGCCGGCCCUGCUGCUGCCCCUGCUGCUGCCUCCGCCCAGUCUGUGGCCAGGUCUCCUGUCACACCAAUUGCUAUCGCCCCACCUGUGUCAUCUCCACCUGCCCCCGCCCCAUGUGCUGUGCCGUCUGUGACUGCUGA